AAGUAUAGAUCAUAUGUUGUUAGUUGUAUUUAAUAACCUACAUUAGUGAAACUGUCAAUCAUCAUUUCAGUGUCUGGGUCGUAAUGGUGAACAGAUUAAAGAAAGAUCGGUAAUGCUGUUACAUCAUGUUCAGUAACCAUUGCGCAGUUUAUUUCGCAAAUAAAGUAAAUCUUUAACAAAGUUAUUGAAUGUAUUUGACACUUGUCAAAUAAACAAACAUUGUCAAGUGCUGGGUUUGUCAACUUAAACCAAUAUACGAUCUGAAAGUUUGAUGACGUCAGUCUUUAUCGUGCAUCAAAUCACAAUCUUUAUUCGUUUCUAAAGCUAUACAAUAUAGUGUUAUGUAUGUUGCCUGGAUCUUUUAACAUGGACUGCAGUGGUGGAAUUUUGGGACAAAUAUUCUCAGAAAAUGGCUUUGAUAACUCAAUGGAAAGUAACAGUGACAUGAAACAGGACAAGUUUGUCAAAGGGUUUACACACCUUCAGGAAAACAUAUUUCCUGAUGUGCACACUUUGAUUCAAAGUUGUUCAGAUCAACUUUGUAAAGUUGAGUCUUUCACAGUAGAGAAUGGUCAGGAUGGUCUUUGUAAUCAAUCUACACCACAAGCUACUGCUUCUUUAAGAAUGUCAAAUGGGCACAGUUAUGCCAACUCUCCAAAGGGAUCUGAGGAGCCACCAGGGUUUACUGAGAAAAACAUUGAAUAUUUGAAUGGUGAUAAAGAAGAUACUUACAUACGACCCAAUUCGAAAAAGGAGUUUUUGCAGCAGUUGCUCAUUAAAAGAAAUGGUUUUUAUUUCUGCACAGAGUGUCAAUACAGUAGCAAAUACUACAAACCAUUUUACAGUCAUUGUAAUAGAAGUCAUAUACCCAAAAUACAACCUAAAUUUGAGGAUGCCAAGUUUUUGUUAUGUUGUACUGAAUGCCCCUUUGUGACUGUUAGCACAAAUGGUUUUAAAAUUCACUGUGCAUUGAAACAUGGAAAAUAUAAAGCUAAAUCUGUGAAAAAAUUAGUGGCACUCGAUGAUCCGUUGGCUAUCACUAAAUUUUUGGCUUUCAUUUCCACUACCAAAUGUGAUAUAAAACGCAAAAAAGCUUUGGAACAAUACAACCACUAUUUCUCAGCUAAUAUGCCAGAGGAAAUAUCAAACAAUCCCCCUAAAGAAGAUACAUUUGUUACAUUUAGAAACAUUCAAAUACCUUGCAUGCUUUGUCCUGAUAAAAAAACAAAUCCAAACAUGCUGGAAGAACAUUAUUUGAGUAACCAUCAGACAGUUGGGCCUGUACGCAGCAGAAUGGACCACAGGUUUCACUGUGAAAAAUGUGAUUUCAGUACAUUAAGUUACAAUCAUCUGCAUGACCAUUUUGCUGACAAUCAUGACUUUCUUGCAUCAUUUCAAACUAAUGAUAUGUUUGAAGCUGAAAGCACAGCCAUAGAUGAUGAUGACAAGGAGAGCAUUGAUUAUUCAUUUAGACAGGACAAACCAUCAUUGCGCAACCAAUGCUUAAGCACAUCGUUCCCAAUGGUUGAAGAUGAUGUUGACAAUAUGUCCUUGUUAAGUGGUGGAGAGGAGUUGGACAGAGGUGCCAGUAAUUUUAUCUCAAAGUCACCUGGAAAAGAUAUUAUUCAGAAAGAGGUGGAAUCUGCAGAUGAGGAAAAUGAGAGUGUAUCUGACAACAGCCCAGAUAUCAGGUGUGAGAAAUGUCCUUUUCGUUCAAAAACCAUUCCAAAACUUUUGAAACAUUACAAGAACAACCACAGUAGGUUGUUUCCAAAAUUUGUUACUGAUAGGGUUCAGCAAGAUCUGUUGGAUAAUCAUAUUGAAAUAAACAUGCCCAAGUCAGCUAUUUCACAACAGUGGGUAAAUGGAUGGAUGAAUAAUGAAUGCACCCGGCUUAUUUUUCAUCCUAUUUACAAAUGCAGAGUUUGUGAUUUUAAAGGUGGAAACUCAUACUCGAUACAUCAACACUUUGGGCAAAUUCACCCCAAAGUUGGAUGCUCUGUUGGUAACGUACAAGUACUUGAAGACACCAGCAUCGUGACUUCUUCAAACACAUUUUGCCUCAGCAAAGGCAGGAACUUGUUCAAGUGUUCAAUAUGUGCAGACUUCACUUGUGUUUUCAUGCAAAACAUGAAAAUUCAUCACAUAGAAAAUCACUCUGACCACCCAUUAGUUGCAAGCAAUACGUACCCAGAAGAACUUAUCAAAGCGUCCACUCUACUUCGCUGUUUUCAAUGUUUAGCAACCUUUAAUAACAUGGCAGAUUUAUUGUUACAUGUUCAAACACAACACACUGAGUUGGUAACAAACUUCCAAAUGGUAGACAGUGAUAUCAACUCUAUGUAUGUCUGUAAACAAUGUAACAUGACUGUAGACUCUUUGGAGGAUCUUUCCUCUCACUUAGAAAUACACAACAACAUUCACGCUAAAAGAUUUUCCCAGCAUUACAUUACUUGUUAUUCGUGUUCAAAGUGCAGAAGAGUCUUUCGUGGCAAUAGAUACUUAAAACACCACUUCAGUCGUGUUCAUGUUGAAAUAACUGACUAUAAGUUUACUUUGAAUGACAUUCCACAGUACAUGCUAGACCAUGGGUGCCAAGAUAAACUGCCACAGGAUUUAGAAGUUGCCUCUCCAUCCCAGAGUGUUGUAGAAGAAGAAGAAGAUCUUAUGUCUGAUGGUUAUGAUUCUACAAGUGAUCCAGACUUUAAGGUGUCUAAUAGUAAUAAGCGAUUCAAGGGAAUGCAGACAGUGCAAAAAACUGGCUAUUAUUGUUGCUGGUGUCCACAUUUUAGUAUUAACGCUUCUCUUUUACACGUUCACCUAAAACGGGUUCAUAAAAAAUAUUUUACAAAGUCAAAACUUGAAGCAAUGAAGCAUUAUGCAACUGACACUGAUUUAACAGAUGAUGAUACAGAAACUGAGAAUGAGAGUAUGGAUUCAUCAGAAAUUAAUUCAGCCGCAGAAUCUGAUGUGUUACCUAUUAGAGUUGUUCAAACAUGCUCUCAUCUCACUUGGCAAACAAAAAGCCCAGAAGUAUUCAAAAAGCAUGUGGAACAAAAACAUGAUGAGAAGCAUCCCCACAAAUGUCCCCAUUGCUCAAAGCACUUUAUCUGCGGCACAGUAAUGACAAUGCACCUGCGUAAAAAGCACAAGUUUUUAAAACCUGGCCAAAAGCAGUUCAAACCAUAUGAUAAUGUGCGCACGAGCUGCACUCAUCGUAACAUUCGCACAAGAAGUCCAGAACUUUUUAAAAAUCAUGUUGAUCACCACCACAGCUUGUCAGCCCCUUACCACUGCACAAUGUGCAACAGUAUAUACGUGUGCUACAACAUAUUUUCACUGCAUAUUCGUAAAAAGCAUUCCAUUGCUGUAACAACUGAUUUAAGUGAGUACAAAAAAGAAAUCAAAUAUGGGAAAAAUAUAGAUACCAUAUUACCUACAAAAACUUACUCCAAACUCGCAAUACAAGCCCCACCUGUCAACGAUAAGAUUCAAUUAAAACAAGAUAAGAAAUAUUCAAGAAAAAGUGCAACCUCAACAAAGCAUUACACUCAUUCAAAGAGUGUGAAAACAGAAGUUGGACAAUGGAAAUGUUUAUUCUGCAAAAGGUUUUUCGAAGAUUAUCAGCAAGUUAGGAAGCACACAGUUAGCGUGCAUCCAACAUUGCAGUUGAUCAGAUGCAGAUGGUGUGAUUUCUUGUGCAAAACAACAGUGCAGCUCAACAAUCAUAACAGGAUCCACAGGAAGUUCAUUGCCGACCGUAUGAGAGAAUUAAGAACCAUAUGGAAAGAACAACGAAUGAAUAACAAAAUCAGCAUCAACAAGAAAAGAUCUGCUUUACAAACCACAUUGUUGGAGCCCAGGGCAAAAAUUAGAAAGGUUGACUCAACUGUACAUGAAAAGAAAAGAAUUGAAAAAACAAAAGAUUCUCCAAGUUCUGUCAUUAUUCCACAGCCGAAAUCACCAUCUGUUUCAUCACGCACAAGUUCCCGGGAGUCAACACCCCCUUCUAUUGUACAGAAACAAAAAGCUAGAAAAAGUAUUCAAGGAAUAACAUCAAGCACAACUGAAACCGAGACCAAUGCUGUAGAAGUUCAAAGCAAAAGAGUGACUUUAGGUGAAUGCUACAAUGUUUCACCCCAAGGGAAGCUUAUUUGCAACUACUGCAAAUAUGAAACGACGGACACCACUCGAGUUAUGAUUCAUUUAAAAGCUAACCAUCUUCAAACAACUUCGUUGAAUUGCGAGUUUUGCUUUUUUGAGUCGCAAACUUUCGAAACGAUUCUUGAUCACCUUCAAUUGCAUCACAAGAUGGCAAGAAACUAUCAUGCUGCGAUCGGAAUCUCUGCACGUUUCCCACCGAGCAAUAAACACACGCCAAAGAUCUCAAGCGCAAGAUUGUCUCCCGCACCGUCUUUGCCAAUUGCAAGGAAGUUCUACAAGAAAACAAGAUCCAUCUAUGAUAAGAUGUUGUCGAAUGGUAGAUGGACUUCAUCCAAGCCCAGUCCUGGAUUUCUUCAGUCUGGAACUUCUGAGAAAUUACCUCCAACCGCCGUUGGAAGUAAGCGUACAUUGACGAAAGGAAUCAAGUGCUCUUACUGUGACACUAGAACUUACUCCACGUAUGAUAUGGAAAUUCAUUUGAAGAGACAUGAAGUGUCCAUGGUGGAUCCGUGUAAAUUCGACGAGCAUAGAUUUAUGUUAGCCGAAUUAGACGACAUAAUUGACAAGUUUUAACCGAGAAAAACAAUUGCCAAAAUUAUUUUUGUUAGAACUGCUGCUGAACUAAAAUAUUGCAGUUUUUCAUGUAUUGUUUUAUAUCAUGUUAGAUCUCGUUUAAAGUUUUACUUGAACCUGACCUCGCGACUGUUACCAUUGUACAGUAAAUUGCGUUUCAAUUUGCCUUUAUAACGGCAUAGUUUUUACACCAAUGUUUUUACAACUCGUAUACCCCCGCACUAAAUACUCUCACAGCCUGACUUGUAAAUAAUUAUCGCCUUUUGCCCGAGCUAAAUCUAAAUGAUGUUUGCUUACGAUUUUGUACAGUUUCGUAUUUUUAUUACGUUUUUAAUGUUUUAGUAAUUAUGCAUGGAAUAAUCAUUUUUAUGAACAUAUACUAAACUAAAACUAGUGCGCCUAAUUUUACUGGGUUGGAAAGAAUAUCGUUAUAAAAAAAUGGAACCGUAAAUGCGAACGUUCUUACAAAAAAAAAACUCUCUCCUUGAUUGUAAAGUGACUGAUUAGUAUUGCUUUUGCGAAUCCUGUUUUUGUCGCAUAUAUUUUGCUACAAAAUAAAGAGUUUGUAACUUA